CAAGCGCUUGAGGUUCAGCCUCCCCUGCGCUGGGAUUCCAUUGGCUGGGCGCGGUCUAGGUUGGGAGUCCUGAUUGGCUGAGAGACCUGAGGCGACAGAUUCCGGAAAGGGGAAAAAGCAGCGGACAUGGCGGCGGAGCGCGGCGCGGGUCAGCAACUGUCGCAGGAGAUGAUGGAGGUUGACAGGCGGGUCGAGUCUGAGGAGUCGGGCGACGAGGAGGGGAAGAAGCCGAGCGGCGGCGUGGUGGCGGACCUCAGCGAGCACAGCCUGAAGGACGGCCCGGAGCGGGGGGAAGCGGACCCAGAAGGACAAGAGCUGCCCGUGGACAUGGAAACCAUCCAACUGGACAGAGACGCCGAGGACGUCGACCUGAAUCACUACCGCAUCGGGAAGAUCGAAGGCUUCGAGGUCCUGAAGAAGGUGAAGACGCUCUGUCUCCGUCAAAACCUGAUCAAGUGCAUUGAGAACCUGGAGGAGCUGCAGAGCCUGCGAGAGCUGGACCUCUAUGACAACCAGAUCAGGAAGAUCGAGAACCUGGACACGCUGACAGAGCUGGAGAUUCUAGAUAUCUCUUUUAACCUCCUAAGAAACAUCGAGGGGGUGGACAAGCUGACACAACUGAAGAAACUCUUCCUGGUCAACAACAAGAUCAGUAAGAUCGAGAACCUCAGCAGCUUGCAGCAGCUGCAGAUGCUGGAGCUGGGGUCCAACCGCAUCCGGGCCAUCGAGAACAUCGACACGUUAACCAGUCUGGAGAGUCUGUUCCUGGGGAAAAACAAGAUCACUAAACUCCAGAACCUGGACGCACUCUCCAACCUGAGAGUCCUCAGCAUGCAGAGCAACCGGCUGACCAAGAUCGAGGGCCUGCAGAGCCUGGUGAACCUGCGGGAGCUGUACCUCAGCCACAACGGCAUCGAGGUCAUCGAGGGCCUGGAGAACAACAACAAACUCACAAUGUUGGACAUUGCGGCAAACAGAAUCAAAAAGAUUGAGAAUAUCAGCCAUCUAACAGAGCUGCAGGAAUUCUGGAUGAACGACAAUCUCCUGGAGAGCUGGAGCGACCUGGACGAGCUGAAGGGCGCCAGGAGCCUGGAGACGGUGUACCUGGAGCGGAACCCGCUGCAGAAGGACCCGCAGUACCGGCGGAAGGUGAUGCUGGCGCUGCCCAGCGUGCGGCAGAUCGACGCCACCUUCGUCAGGUUCUGACCCCGCGCGCCCCGGCCUGCUCCCUCGCCGACAGAACCUCCCGGCUACGGUUUCCAGUCCGCCCGCUGCUCCUGAAACCACCACCACCACACCAACGGCCACAACCCAAUGGCAAUAAAAGGCACUGAGUGAUCCCUGCCGUGUGUACCGCCGCUCACCACUGAGAGGCGCUGCUGUUGCCGGCACCACUCGGUCCGUUGCUCUGUGUUCGCGGAGGGAGGUGGCCUGGGCCCCGUGGGCGCAGGGAGCCCCCUCGGGGUCCGUCCCGGCACCUGGAGCCUGACAGCCCACAGCUUCCUAGUCCGUUAGGCCCGUCAGUGCCAGUGUCUGCAGGUGACUCACACUAAAAAGCAAAGCAGCGGGUGGGGGGGCUCAGGCCUCCACGCCAGGACCCUCAGCGCGGCGCGCAGGCCCUGUCCCCGGCCGCCCCCGCGGCCCCUGAGGUCGCGUUGCCACUGACGGAAGGGGAGCCCGGCCCAGGCUCCUCAGAGACUUUCUGCGAAGAGUCGACCUCUGACCGCCGGUAACACCGCCUCCCGCUGCGCCCGCACCGCUGUGUCCACCCUGGUUUUAUAACGUCGGCCUCCACGGCCCGGGGCCUGGCUGCCGUCUCCAUGGACCUUGUCACCCUCCGCCGUCCUCGCGGGCCCGCCCGCCCCCACACCGCAGUGCCGCCCUGUCCCGUGUGGGGGCCGCGUGCUGCCCGCCGUGGCCGGCCCCGUCCACGUUUCCCUCGGUGACAAUAAAGUGGAGUCAAACA